GUCCCCCCACAAAACCUGCAGGGUGCUUUAAACCGGCAAAAUUCUUCGGCCUGGUAAUAUAGCUCUUCUGCACACCCCGCACGAUGCGGGAAAAGUGGUGAUGAUGAAGAAGAAGCGGACGGCUACAUAAAGUCAACCCCAUGGUGGAGCAUAUUUUGCAACAGAGUGCGCUGUUCCCUUCGCCGUGCAAACCUAAUAGACGUUCUGCAACAAUAUGAGGCUUUUUGUCUUGUUGACCUUCGUCUCCCAGAUCGCUAGCGCGUUACCCAGCUCUGCGGAUGGCGCUUCAGCUCCCACUGUUGACCUUGGAUACUCCAAGUAUCAAGGUGCCCGUCUCGCGGGAGGAGUAGAUCAAUUCUUGGGUAUGCGCUAUGCUGCUCCUCCCUUGGGAGAUCUUAGAUUUCGAGCGCCCCAAGAUCCCAUGACGAAUGCCACAUUACAGACGGCCACUGAGUAUGGGCCAAUUUGCAUUGGUGUCGAUCAAGACAAUUCCCCCGCUGACUGGACGGAGGAUUGUCUCUUCAUCAACGUUUUCAAGCCUUCGACAGCUACGCCACAAUCGAAGCUGCCCGUAUGGUUCUUUAUCCAGGGCGGAGGGUACGCACAGAACUCCAAUUCCAAUUACAAUGGCACGGCCGUCGUGGAGGAAUCUGGUCACGGACUGGUGUUUGUCACGCUCAAUUAUCGCGUCGGAGCUUUGGGCUUCCUGGCCAGCGAAGAAGUGCGGAAGCACGGUGACUUGAAUGUGGGUUUGUUGGAUCAACGCAAGGCUAUGCAUUGGAUCAAAAAGCAUAUCGCAUCAUUUGGCGGAGAUCCAGACCACAUUGUGAUCCACGGUGUCUCUGCGGGCGCAGGAUCCGUGGCCUUCCACCUCACGGCAUUCGGAGGAAAGGAUGAGAAGCUAUUUGUGGGCGCUGUGGCUGAAUCAUCGUUCUGGCCCACCCAGCGCACGGUCGCAGAGAUGGAAUUCCAGUACGAGCGGUUUGUCAAUGACACUGGCUGUUCCAAGGCGACGAAUUCUCUUCAAUGUCUCCGAGACCUCGACAUCGCGACCAUCCAAGGUGCCAAUACGGCUUCACCCUUCCCAGGAGGCAGCAGUAGCCCCCUUCCCGACUGGUACUGGCUACCAGUGACCGAUGGCAACUUGGUUCCGGAGCUUCUGUACGAUGCCUUCAAGAAGGGGAACUUCAUCAGGGUCCCGGCACUGGUGGGUGACGACACGGACGAAGGCUCGAAUUUCGCCUACAACGCUAGCACUCGCUCUGAUGUGUCGCAGUUCUUCAAGAACAACUACCCUCACCUGACCGCGGCAGAGCUGGACAGAAUACUGGAGGCCUAUCCGCAAACUAGCCCGUUACCCAAGCAUGGAGCCUGGUUCCGAACCUCGUCCGAUGCUUAUGGGGAUGCAUGCUUCACGUGCCCCGGUAACCAUUUGACCGCAUCCGUUGCCAAGCACCUCCCGCACUCGACGUGGAACUACCGGGUCAAUAUCCUCGACCAGUCGAACCUAGCUGGCGGCAUAGGAGUCCCGCAUACCUUUGAGCUACCAGCCAUCUUUGGUGCGGGCAGCACCGGGGCGCUCAGUAGCACGUCUUCGUAUCUCAGCUACAAUGCUGGGAUUAUCCCGGUGACCAUGCACUACUUUAUCAGUUUUGCCAUGAAGCUCGAUCCGAAUCCUCUCCGAUAUAGCGGUGCGCCGGAGUGGAACACCUGGGGCAGUGGGUCACGUCUGCGGCUGCAGACAAACAGCACUGCGAUGGAGGAGGUGCCUGCAGUCUCGGUGCAGCGCUGUCAGUUGUGGGAGGAUUUGAGCGGCACAACCGAAGUUUAACUGGGAUGCGACGUAGAGAAUUCGUCGUCAUAGACAAACGUAGAACAUCUCUGCAUGUGUCUUUCAAUACAAGUUGAUGUGAGAUGCAUGGCAUAUCAUUUGGGCUGUAUCACUUUCAUCCUAAAUUCUAAACAAGGUGUUAUCAGAUGCUUGGCGCUCGUAAUGGGAACGCCUCCAAAUGCCAAUCCCUCAGCCUUACGUCGCGACGAUCGCCUUUUUGUCCCGUGUUUUGUCCCGUCUCUUUUCUGCCAUCUUCCUUCCACCUCUCGUACUUUGAUACUUUCUGCUAAACUUCUCUACUUUCGAGAUACUACUACUUAUACACUGCACAGCUCGUUCCCCAUCCAGUGCGCGAAGAUGAGUGCAGAGACCACGAUUGCAGUUCCCCCGCCGCCCGACCAGCCGGACCCCACCGACCGUGACGUCACCGAUAAGGAGCAACACGCCGCCCAAACAAUCCAGGUUCGAUCAAACU